GCCUGGGCGGCCUGCGCUUGCGCAGUGCCCCGACAACUUCCCGAGUGUGCUGGCAACUUCCGGUUUGGUUUCCCCGCCUCCUGCGAGGCUAAAGCUGUUGGGGCUCGUCUGUGGCCGCGGUGGGGUGGAGGGGGCAGGGCGUGGUGGGGUGAGGUGAGUGCCGAGUGGGGUUCCCUGGAGCCAUGGCCUGCUCCAUUGUCCAGUUCUGCUACUUCCAGGACCUCCAGGCCGCCCGGGACUUCCUCUUCCCUCACCUGCGGGAGGAGAUCCCCGCCGGCGCCGUGCGGAGGGACCCCAGUAAAUCAACAAAACUGGGAAGAUGAUGGUUGGGAGCAUGGGAAGAAACAGAACCCCAAGAACCUGAAGAAGAAGGAAAUACAUGCAAAACACAAAAAACUUCCUGGCUCCAAGAUUGUGUUUUAUCCCUGUCUCCAACCAAUGAUCUUAUGGUCAUAGCUCGGGAGCAAAAAGCUGUAUUUCUAGUGCCAAAAUGGAAAUAUAGUGAUAAAGGAAAGGAAGAAAUGCAAUUUGCUGUUGGUUGGAGUGGUUCUUUAAAUGUUGAAGAAGGGGAAUGUGUAACCAGUGCUUUAUGUAUCCCACUAGCAAGCCAAAAGAGGAGUUCUACUGGACGUCCCGACUGGACCUGCAUCGUGGUGGGUUUUACUUCAGGUUACGUACGCUUCUACACUGAGAAUGGUGUGCUCUUGCUUGCACAGCUUUUGAAUGAGGACGCAGUUCUUCAGCUUAAAUGCAGAACCUAUGAAAUCCCACGACAUCCUGGCGUGACUGAGCAGAAUGAAGAGUUGAGUAUCCUAUAUCCAGCUGCCAUUGUGACUAUUGAUGGAUUUAGCCUUUUUCAGUCCCUUCGUGCUUGUCGAAAUCAGGUAGCAAAAGCUGCAGCAUCAGGCAAUGAGAAUAUACAACCACCACCAUUAGCUUAUAAGAAAUGGGGUCUACAAGAUAUUGAUGCCAUAAUUGAUCAUGCUAGUGUUGGUAUUAUGACUCUGUCCCCCUUUGAUCAAAUGAAGACUGCUUCCAAUAUAGGUGGAUUUAACGCGGCAAUUAAAAACAGUCCACCUGCCAUGUCUCAGUAUAUCACUGUAGGAUCCAAUCCAUUUACUGGCUUCUUCUACGCUUUAGAGGGAAGCACACAACCAUUAUUAUCUCAUGUUGCACUAGCAGUUGCAAGUAAACUCACUUCUGCUUUAUUUAAUGCUGCCAGUGGUUGGCUUGGUUGGAAAAGUAAGCAUGAAGAAGAAGCUGUUCAAAAGCAGAAGCCUAAGGUUGAACCAGCUACCCCAUUAGCUGUAAGAUUUGGACUUCCAGAUUCUAGACGCCAUGGUGAAAGCAUAUGUCUGUCUCCCUGUAACACACUGGCAGCAGUAACAGAUGAUUUCGGCAGAGUUAUUUUAUUGGAUGUAGCUAGAGGAAUUGCAAUACGCAUGUGGAAAGGGUACCGAGGUGCACAAAUUGGAUGGAUUCAAAUUGUAGAGGACCUCCAUGAAAGAGUACCAGAAAAGGUGGAUUUUUCCCCUUUUGGAAAUACUCAGGGCCCAAGUCGAGUAGCUCAGUUCCUUGUGAUCUAUGCGCCAAGAAGGGGAAUAUUAGAAGUGUGGAGCACACAGCAGGGCCCUAGAGUAGGAGCUUUCAAUGUGGGGAAGCACUGCAGGCUACUGUAUCCUGGAUAUAAAAUAAUGGGCUUGAAUAACGUUACCAGUCAGAGUUGGCAGCCACAGACCUACCAGAUCUGUCUUGUUGAUCCCGUGUCUGGAAGUGUGAAAACAGUGAAUGUUCCUUUCCACUUAGCACUGAGUGACAAGAAGAGUGAACGAGCCAAGGACAUGCACUUAGUGAAGAAACUGGCAGCCUUACUGAAAACAAAAUCUCCCAAUCUUGAUUUGGUUGAAACAGAAAUAAAGGAAUUAAUUCUUGAUAUUAAAUACCCUGCAACCAAAAAACAAGCUUUGGAAAGCAUUUUGGCAAGUAAACGUUUACCAUUUUCCUGUCUUAGAAACAUCACUCAGACUUUAAUGGACACUUUAAAAAAUCAAGAGCUUGAGGCUGUUGAUGAAGGAUUGCUACAGUUUUGUGCCAAUAAACUGAGAUUGCUGCAUCUUUAUGAGUCUGUCAGUCAAUUAAAUUCUGUUGAUUUUCAUUCAGACACACCAUUCUCUGAUGAUGACUUGGCUGUGUUACUAAGGCUCAAUGAAAAAGAACUGCUUAAGCUCCAAGCAUUAUUAGAGAAAUAUAAACAGGAGAACUUCAGGACUAAUGUUCGAUUUUCUGAUGAUAAAGAUGGUGUGUUGCCUGUAAAAACAUUCCUAGAAUAUUUAGAAUAUGAGAAAGAUGUGCUCAACAUAAAGAAGAUAAGUGAAGAGGAAUAUGUGGCUUUAGGCAGUUUCUUUUUUUGGAAGUGUUUGCAUGGAGAAAGCUCCACUGAGGAUAUGUGUCACACUUUGGAGUCUGCUGGACUUAGCCCUCAGCUGUUGUUGUCUCUGCUCCUGAGUGUUUGGCUUUCUAAGGAAAAAGAUAUUUUGGAUAAACCACAGUCUGUCUGCUGUCUUCAUACAAUGCUGUCCCUCUUGAGCAAGAUGAAAGUGGCCAUCGAUGAGACCUGGGACUCCCAGUCUGUGUCCCCUUGGUGGCAGCAGAUGCGCACGGCCUGUAUUCAGUCUGAGAACAAUGGCGCUGCCCUAUUGUCUGCACAUGUUGGGCAUUCUGUUGCUGCACAGAUAUCGAACAACAUGACAGAGAAAAAGUUUUCCCAAACAGUUUUGGGUGCUGAGUCAGAGGCCCUCACUGAUUCGUGGGAAGCCCUUUCUCUUGACACUGAAUACUGGAAACUCCUGCUGAAACAACUGGAGGAUUGUCUCAUACUUCAGACUCUGCUUCACAGCAAAGGGAAUACUCGAACCUCCAAAGUGUCGUCACUACAGGCUGAGCCACUUCCAAGGCUUUCUGUUAAAAAGUUAUUAGAAGGAGGAAAAGGUGGCAUUGCAGACAGUGUAGCCAAGUGGAUAUUUAAACAAGACUUCAGCCCUGAAAUAUUAAAACUGGCUAAUAAACAAAGAGAUGUUGAAAACCCAGAUGAACCCAAAGAAGGUAUUAACAGAGGUUUCCUUGAGGUAUCAGAGGUGGAGAUGGACUUAGGAGCCAUACCAGACUUGCUGCAUUUAGCCUAUGAGCAGUUUCCUUGUAGCCUUGAGCUAGACGUGCUACACGCACAUUGCUGCUGGGAGUAUGUUGUUCAAUGGAAUAAAGAUCCAGAGGAAGCACGUUUUUUUGUUAGGUCAAUAGAACAUUUGAAGCAUAUUCUUAAUGCACAUAUUCAGAAUGGCAUUGCGUUGAUGAUGUGGAAUACGUUCUUAGUUAAACGUUUUUCUGCUGCUACAUACUUAAUGGAUAAGGUUGGAAAAGCACCAAAGGAUAGGCUAUGCCGAAGGGAUGUGGGAAUGAGUGACACAGCAAUGACAUCUUUCCUUGGCUCCUGCUUGGAUCUUCUUCAGACUCUAAUGGAGGCAGAUGUUAGCAGGGAUGAAAUGCAGCUGCCUGUCCUGGACACUGAGGACGCUUGGCUCUCUGUGGAAGGACCGAUCUCAAUAGUGGAACUGGCCCUGGAACAGAAACACAUCCACUACCCGCUGGUGGAGCACCAUUCCAUCCUGUGCUCCAUCUUGUACGCAGUCAUGAGGUUUUCCCUGAAGUCUGUGAAGCCACUUUCACUUUUUGACAGUAAGGGAAAAAAUGCAUUCUUCAAAGACCUAACUUCAAUUCAGUUAUUACCUAGUGGGGAAAUGGAUCCAAAUUUUGUUUCUGUCCGACAACAGUUCUUAUUGAAAGUUGUCAGUGCAGCUGUCCAGGCACAACAUUCAGUCAGGAAGGACAAAGAUCCCUCACAAGAGGCCACUCCUUUCGGGAAAGACCAAGACUGGCCAGUUCUAGCUGUGGAUUUGGCCCAUCACCUUCAAGUCAGCGAGGAUGUCAUCAGACGGCAUUAUGUGGGGGAACUCUACAACUAUGGAGUUGACCACUUAGCAGAAGAGGCCAUUCUACAGGUCCAUGACAAAGAGGUCCUUGCCUCUCAGCUGCUCGUGCUGACGGGGCAAAGGCUGGCGCACGCGCUUCUCCGCACGCAGACAAAAGAAGGAAUGGAGUUGCUGGCCAGACUCUCGCCCACACUGUGCACCUGGCUGAAAGCAAUGGAUCCCCAGGAUCUCCAAAACACGGAAGUGCCAAUUGCAACAACAGCAAAACUAGUAAAUAAAGUAAUUGAGCUUUUACCAGAAAAACACGGGCAGUACAGUCUAGCCUUACACCUCAUUGAAGCUGUGGAAGCCAUCUCCAUUCCUUCUUUAUGACACUCAUCCGCUGGCAAUAGUCUAAAACUGUGUGAUUACAACACGAAUUAGUGCAUGGUUAUUUUACAUAGUAAGAUCUGGAAUUUUAUGGAGAGUAUGUCUUUUUUUUCUUUUGUAAAAAAAAUUUAAAUAUAUGUAACUUUUAGAAAGUACAAUCCUGGCUAAACUUCACUUUGGUUUACUGAAGAUAAAAUAGAAACAAAUCAAUUAUACUACAAUUAAUACAGAUGUUUUACUGUUUAUUUCUAAUUCAAACACUAAAGUAGCUUUACUGUUAAACUUUGCUAUUUAAAAUUAUGUUCUUAUUAUAGGAUUCUAUAUUUCACAUCUAAAAUGUUAUUGUUGUAAUUAAAUAUAAAUGUGUUCAUGUACAGUCCCCAUCAGUAGAGUUAGAGAUACAUCCCACUGUUUUAAUAAAUGUUAUGAAAAUGCUUUUGUUAUCAUGCUUGAAACCCCAUACUGGGCUGCCACCCGGGAGUUCUGAAUGCUGGAAGGUUCCUUUCCCAGAGGUUCUGCUGUUGCCAUCAGAGGAGGAUGGCCUUGCUUGAGGAGGAAGAAUGGGUUCAGGAUCAUCCUAUUCAUUGGAAGGGACACUCAAUAGAACCCUUAAUCUGUUGUACUUGCCAAAAUGGAGAAUCUGAGAUGCAAACGAUGCAGCAAAUUAAUUAUCAUGUAAGUUAUGAUUUGCUUCUUGCCAAGUUGCAAAGUUGUACCCAUAUCAGGUAAUUGUAAAAAUGUAUUAUCUUGUAAAACUUAUGUAAAAAAAAAAGGCAAAGAUACUAAAAAUUUUUAAGUCCAACUUUAUUUUUCCUACAAGUGUUUAGAAAUGUCUACUUCUGGGAUUUGGUAAUGUUUUCUGUCCUUUGGAACAGUACAGAAAAAAUGCUUAGUGGUAUUAAAGCUUUAGCAAACCUACCUCACAGCUGGGUUGAGAGGAUAAAAUACAACUAAUUUUGUACCCUAUAGUGCCUAGAGCAGUCCAAGUGCUAAAUAAAUAUUUAUUGAUUAAAACCAAACUGUAGCCACUCGGGAGGCUGAGGUGGGAGGAUUGCUUGAGCCCAGGAGUUUAAGGCCAACCUUGGCAAUACAGUGAGACCCUUAUCU